AUGUUUCUUUCUUGUAGCAAUACAGGGCUGGUUCAAGAGCUGGGGCAGAUAACCCGCAGUGGGGCUGUUCACGCGGCGAGUUGUCUGUGGCUAACGCCUGUCGUUUUGUUGCAGCGUGCGGUGUCACAAUGUCAGCAUGCACACCGCACAUGCAGACACAUGCCGCGGUGAUUAAUCCAACAUGAAUCGCUGCCAUGUAGCUGCCGCUAAUCACAAGACUCGUUAACCCGAUAAAACGGCAGAAAGGAUUUAUGGGCCAGGAGUAAUUGCAUGUCAACUUUUAUCUGGGAGAAAGUCGGAGCGAAAAGUGUUAUUGCAAUGCAAUCCAAGUGGUCAGUGUACAGUGGAAAUACCAGUUCAUCGUCAUGAUCCGCUUCAUAUCUCGUCACUAAAUGGUGUACCGUGGCAAGUCUCUUUCUGGAACUAAGGCGAUGUCUUUGGCGAAGCAUGCCAUAAAUCGCAAGAAGGCCGCCACAGUUAACUUAGACAGGUGGAGAACCAGAGAGAAGAACUUUGUGCUGGACUCAGUGGCGUUCACCAGGUACCAAGAAGCUCGCAAACUACCCAUCAUUCCACCCUACGAUGCCAUGAAGGACAAGUACGCCGUCUCCUAUUUCGAGUCGCCGGCAGUAAAAGCCAUUGCAGAGCGAAAUUCUCUUAUGAAGGAGUUGUACAGGGAGAAAGCCAUGCGCUCGCUGCUCAACAAAAAGCAGUGUCACGUGACUCCAAGUUCGGAAGAACUCAGCCGUCGUCGGGAGAAUUUUGUGAACGAUGCCGUUAUGACAGAUCGCAUGCGCACCAAAUUUCGUGAUAUCAUUCCGCCAUACAGAGCAGAGGAUGACGAACACUGCAGAACGUACUUUCGGCGGAAGGAUGUACAGAAACUACUUAAAAUCACGCUCUCGCCAAGGUUCUGAAUCAAUCAACCUCCCCCACCUUUAGUUUUAUUAUUAGAAUUAUUACUUAUUUUCAGAAAGAUGUUUUGGUCAAAUAGCCACUUCGAGUUACUCGAAAAAUUACAAAGGUUUGGUUUCUAACGGCUGGUGAAAUUUUGAUGAUUAUUGCCCUACUUUCAAAUUGAAUUAAAAAAAAUAAAUAAAUGGGAAAACCCAUUUUCUUUGUAACAGCAGAAAGAAAAUAGCAAAUAAAAGAAAUGGAAAUAAAACAAAUAUAUAACAUAAAACAGUAAAGGAAAGCAUUAAUAGGGUAAGGGAAUUUAUGAUAAAAAAUACAAAAAAUACAUAGAGAUGUGACAGGGUUGUAUAUUUAUAGCAAAUGAACGGAAAAUGAUACAGGUUUCAUAACACACUUUCACGCAACUGGCAGUCAAGAUUUAUUUGUUAAAACGAGUGCAAACGGUUAAAUCUUCAAGGCACAAGGUGGGCUUGUGUACCUGUGUUCUCAUAUAUAACCGAAACCAUGGCUACACAGCAAAUUUUGAGUUUGGUAGGCUCAGAUUUUCAAUGCAAAUGAAGGUUGUAACCUGAGUACUCACCCAGACCAAUGUCAUUUUUAAUGUUCCAUCCAACACUUAGAAUUAAUUUACAAAGUUUAAUAAAUCCUUUCUCUGAAUCCUCGUAUUGCUUUCCUCCCCGUAUCUUCGACGCAUUCAGAAGUAUAGGUUUUAUUUUCACAUAUUUUAAACGAUUGCUUUUUCUGGUGUGUUCUUUAAUUUUAAAUUUAAAACUCCUGAUUCUCGUAAAGCCCUUGAAUGCCUUUCUAGAUGGUCACACACUUUAAUGUAGAUAAAAAGAUAAAACCUAGAUUAUUGCAAAUAGAUUUUAUAGUAAUUUGAUUUCCACCAUGCUCUCAGUGCUUAAUGAAACUUCAAAUUUUUAAAGACUGGUAUCUUUGGUUUAGGUUAACUGUAAAUCCACAUUUGCCACAAAGCGUUUUUAAACAGCAGAUUUUAUGUUUAAAGUCAACAGGAGAGUUAAAGGCAAAAUCGUCCGCAUCCAUUAGAAGGAUGAUAACUAAUGAAUACGUUAAAUAUUGAUACCACUGCUGUACAUUAUAAAGCUUGCUGAUAAUGUUUAAGAGUGAAAUGUAACAUUAGACGCUUUUUCCACCAGUUCUGUGUAAGCAAAAGAUAACUACCUAAGACCAAUACUUUGGAUAAGAUCCAUACUAUUCAUAUUAUGUGUUGCUUACAAAGACUUUAUUAAAGACG